GGUCCUAUAACCCCCGAACAACAACGUGGCAGCCAUGUUAGAAGAGGAACAGCAUGUUUGCUGUUAACUCCUAGCAUGUUUAAUCACCUCUCAGGCACACAAAAUAAUAUGGAAUUAUUAUUACAUGUGCCAUUUAACUUUUGCUGGAUGCAGUUGAUCUGGGUUUGACAAAAAUGUGGUACAAAUUUGGUGGUAAAGACUCAGACUUUGACAAUGACAGCGAGUUUGGUAGUGAGGAGGAAGAGCUGGAAUGUGGUUUGUAUGCUCAGCUGUACUUUGAAUCCAACCCAGAUUAUCAUGGAGGCAGAUGUGAAUUACCUGAGCUCUCACAAGAGAAUAAAAAGAGGAAGCUUCACCAUGAUGAAACAUAUACACAAGAUUCUGGUUUACGAUCUCGUUUGUCUCCUCACUCGACUCCUAUCUGCACUACAGCAGAGACUGGUUCUGUUGUUUCUUUUGUGGCAGAUAAUCAGACAAAUGGAAAAACACAGGAAGAUUUUGCAGUUAGUGCCUCAUCUAGCAAAACUCCUACAGUAUCAGUAAGAGAGAGUAUUUACAGCAAGGGCAGUAUUCCAGGCAGUAAACCAGGCAGUAUACCAGAAAGUAUACCAGGCAAUAUAUCAGGCAUUAAACCCUUAGAUUCUCUUCACUGCACCAUAGAAAUUUCUGAUGACACAGAGGAAGAUGUAAAUAUUGAUUUGGCCAUAUUGGAUAAAAAAAGAAAAGAAAAUCAUAUAAUUAAAGAUGAUUUAAGUGAAAAGACUAAGAAAAGAAAAUUGAGUGACAGUCAUGAUUCAUUUGAGUUUCAAAGGGAAAAAUCACAAGGUAGUUUAGCCCAUGCUUCUUUCAAUACCACAAAAAUUUCUGUUCAUGAUUGUAAGAAAGAUGGAAGUAGUAAGUUAACCAUGACAAAGAGUGAGAACAGUGAUUCAUCUGAUUUUGAGAGGGAAGAAUCAAGAUAUAGCAGUUUUCCCCCUAAAGAAUCAAAGAGCAGAAAUGUUAAUAAAUUGAAAAGAAACUGUGAUUUGACUUUUUCAAGUGAUUCUGAAAGUGAUGCUCAUAUACUUCCACCUCCAUCUUCAAAGCAUUACGAUACGGUUUCUGUGUUGUCGGGUUCUGGUAAUGAAUUAGAAAAAAGGGUCAAAGUCAAAGAGAGCCAAAGGAAGAAGUUGAGAGACAAUAGUUCUGUUUUGCUUUUAGAGCAGUCUUGCAGUAAUAACAAAAAGGCUAUAGUACUGAAGAAACCUGAGACUGUUGCAAGUGAUUCCAGAAGCGACUCUGUCCUAAGCCUGUCAACUCGGACAAAGGGUACAAAUGUUAAUACAGACUUGUCAAGUAUAAUUCUGAAGUUAAAAAAAGAUACUUGUGUCAGCAAACAAACUAAGGUUUCCACUAGUAAUAAUGGCUUACAAACAACUCGUUGCAGCUUGAAUUUUACAAAAAACCGACCUGACACAGUAAAAAAGCCAACCUGUAACCUCUGGACUCAAGAUAUGAUAAACUUCUAUGAUUCUGAUAUAUCGGAAGAUUUAGAAUUAGAAACAGUACAUGACCAGCAAACAAAUGAACGAAGUGCCUGGCACAUUAUUGCAGCAGAUUAUCAGGUCAAACCUAACUUGAGGUACUUUGCUCAGAUGGACAGAUGCAUACAGUGCAGACAGUUUGGACACAAGAUGAAUAAUUGCCCCAAGGUGCCCCGUUGUAACCUUUGUUCUGAAACGGACCAUACUUCACGAUGUGAUUGCCCAAAUGACUGCUGUUUUAGGUGUGGUGGAAAGCACUUCUAUUGUUCUGCGACAUCAAGAGCUGUGACCUGCAGCACGUGUUCCUUUCCAGGACAUUGCAGGGAGUUAUGUCCUGAUCUUUGGAGGCGAUUUCAUCUCACUACUUCAGGAGUGGAAGUGAAUACUCCAGUAAAAGCUACACCUCGACCUGUAGGGGACAAAUUUUGCUGUAAUUGUGGUAAGAGAGGGCACUACGGAUAUGAUUGUGAACUGGAUUUUUACAAACGUAGUUACGUUCAAGUUACCCAGUCUGUCAUUAGCUACUCCACUCCCUUCAGUUUUGCGAAUGAAUUUGAUGUUAUCCCUACAGGACCUAAAUUAGAGAACAGAGUAUUCAAGCUUUGUUUAAAUGAUGGAGAUGCUGGAAGAAUCCUAGGAAAAAGAGGAGUGAUCAUUAAAGAAAUUCAGAAACGUUCGGGUGCAGCUGUGGAAAUUAUCAAUGAGAAUGGAGUAACUAAGGUCCUCAUGUCUGGAAGUACACCAGCUUGUUGUGAUGCUCGAGCCAUGGUUGAAGUCCUACUGGGGCGCAGGCCAGUCAAUAAGUUGAGGGAUUUUGUCCUGCAUGUGUUUGACCUCAACAGACAGGUUUUACAUGUGAAUGAAGUUGACGAUGUGUAUAACUUAUGGAUGCCUUUAAAUCUGUAUGAUUAUAGUCAAAAUCUUGCCAGUUCUUGGUAUGAAGAAUGCAUUGAAAAGCUUGGCAGAAAUAAGAAAAGUGUUAUAAAGGUAUUAAAACAAUAUAUAAAAACUUGUCAAGAAAGUUUUAGCCCCAUAUUUAAUAAUUUAAAUGAAACUCUCAAUGUUCUUCGAGGAUUUGCAGGAAAAAUAUGUUUAGAACGCAAAAGCAUUGAAGCGGUGCACACUGAGCUGAGUAGAGUUUUAUGUGCUCUUGUUUGCCAUGAGAAGUACGGACAUGAUUUUCGCAGUAAAUUUAAAAAGAGAUGAAAGCUGAUAUUAAAGCAAAUGACAGUGAUGUGGUCUCAGAAGAAAUGUGUUGCAAAAUUGUAAAUACACUUGCAUCAGUGUAUGCUCCCCCUCUGGAGAAGCUCAGUGAGAUUAUGAAAGAUGUUGAAUGUUACGAAAGCUUUUUACGGAAGAUAUCAAAACGUGCAAGAAAAAUCCUGCAGGAUGAGGGAAAGAAAACACCUGAUAUUAAGAAAAAACUAAAGCAGAAAAGAAUUAUGCAUAAAAAUAUUGAAUGUUACAAAAGCUUUUUAUGGAAGAUAUCAAAACGUGCAAGAAAAAUCCUGCAGGAUGAGGGAAAGAAAACACCUGAUAUUAAGAAAAAACUAAAGCAGAAAGGAAUUAUGCAUAAAAAUAUUGA